AUGGCAAAGGCCUCCUCCACUCGCACAAUAGAUGAAGGCCAAACGUCAGAUGAACCACCUCCAGCCGGCCUCAUGGCCACCCUCUCCCGCACAAAGAGCCGUACCAAUACCAUCCUCGAAAAGGUCUCUUUUCGCGAACGCAUUCACCACUUCACCUUUGCAUGGUACACCCUCACCAUGUCAACAGGCGGUAUCGCCCUCCUCCUCGGCCAAACCCCUCAUCGCUUCCGUGGUCUCGACACCAUCGGCCUCGUCGUCUUCCUCCUCGACGUCGUCCUCAUCUUUCUCAUCACCGCUGCCCUCUGCCUGCGUUUCUCCUUCUUCCGCAAGACCCCGGCCAAAGCCAUUACCCACCCCUCCGAGGCCCUCUUCAUCCCGACCUUUUUUCUCUCCAUCGCCGCCGCCCUUUCCAACAUCCAGCACUAUGCCGUCCCAAAAUGCGGGCCCUGGCUCGUCGUCACCAUGAGGGUGUGUUUCUGGGUCUACCUUGUCGUCACCUUCUUCCUCUCCGUCGGCAUGUACCAUCUCCUCUUCACUGGCCGCAGGCGCCUGUCGCUCGAUAGCAUGACCCCGGCGUGGAUUCUGCCCAUUUUCCCCGUCAUGCUAUCCGGCACUCUCGCCGCCUUCAUGGCCGCCACCCAGCCGCCAGACCAAGCCGCAGCCAUGUUGGGCGGCGGUCUCGCUGCGCAGGGUCUGGGCUUCCUCAUCUCGGCCUUCAUGUACGCCACCUACCUCUCCCGCCUCAUGACCAUCGGUCUGCCGGUCCAACGACCCGGCAUGUUCAUCGCCGUCGGCCCGCCAAGCUUCACCGCCGCGGCCUUGGUGUCGAUGGGAGCUCAAGUGCCCCGCCUCAUCACCUCGGCCGAUUCCUUCAUCUCCGACUCCCUCCGCUCGACCGCCUACCUCAUCGACUUGGAGAACCCGGGCACGGUAGCCUUUGCCGUCCGCGCCAUGGCCCUCUUCAGCGCCGUCUUUCUCUGGGGCUUGUCGUUCUGGUUCUUCUCCUCGGCCUGCCUAUCCACGCUGUUCGGCAUGCCCGACCACUCGUUUCAUCUCAGCUGGUGGAGUUUCGUCUUCCCCAACGUCGGCUUUACCAUCGCCACGAUCCGGAUCGGCGAGGCUUUUGGGAGCGAGGGGCUACUGUGGUUCGCGACCGUGUUGACGAUUGUCUUGGUCGCUGUCUGGCUAUUUGUCGGCUUCUGCUGCGCGCGGGCUGUCAUCAGGAGGAAGCUUGUCUGGCCGGGCCGGGACGAGGACAGCGAUUAG